UAUAAUCGUAUCGUUUCAUUCCUAAAAGUACUAUUUUGAAGUUUCUGGAUUAAAAACAAUUUUGUGUCUGUGUUAUAAAAAUUCAAGUCAUUUAUUUAUAGCUAAAUAUAUUCGCUCUGCUGCUGAUUGCUGACCAAAGGUAUUCACCUAAAGGAGGAAUAACGUGGCUUAUGUGAUCUGGCCACUCAGCAAACCAAAUCAAAUCGGGGAGGAAAAAAAAAUUUUCCACGGAAAUUGUAUAAUGAAACGUAAUAGAAGGAAUGAUGAAUACGGUUUAUCAAAAAGGAGAGCUAACCAAACAUAUCCUACUUAUAAUGGAUCACCAUAUCGUCAACAAAAUAAUCAGCAAAGUAACGUUCCCUUCCUUGCCGUAACACAUCGUGCUGCCCAAGACCAAAUGACUUUUAGAUCUUCAGCCUCAAACAGCUUUAUAUACAAUAUGAGCAACGGGUGGCCGAUGUCGCCACCAAUGCAAUAUUCAAUGGCUCCAUAUAUUCAUCAAACACAUCCCCAAUUUCUUCACACAAAUGUCGGCCCUCCCUAUCCAAAUCAAACUAAUCUAAUGCCGUAUAGUAACGUUUCGGUACCACCGCCUUUGAAUCCAUCAAACGUUCAAAACGGUAAUCAACAAACAAGUAACAAUACUCUUGGUCGAGCUCGUCCGCAAAAUGAUACUCCCAAAAGGAAGUGGUGCCGAGAGGACGCCAUCAAAGCUCUGGCUGUCGAAGAAGAAUUAUGUAAACGUAAUACCACGGCUCCAUACUUGGUUAUACGCUUUCCCGAUCCACCUUUGGAUACAGAAAUGGUUAAACGAUUUUCCAAAGAAAUCGACGCAGUUCAUUUUCAAAAAAAUUCUGCACCCCGCUUUUGUUUUGUUCGUUUAAAAGACAAUACGGAUGCUGCAAAAGUUAUAAAGGACAUAUCGACAAUACCGUUUGGGAUGGGGCAUUUAUCGGCUGAAUUGCGUUUUGAUCCCACCAAACCGCCACCAGCCACUAAGCCAGAGCAAGUGGAUCCAUAUACUUUGUAUGUUGGAAAUUUGUCUUUAUCUGUGUCUGUGGAAACAAUAAAACGACAUUUUCCGGGAGCAUUAAGAUACGACCUAGCGUUUAAAUCGAAAAUAAAACCAAUUCGGUAUGCGUUUAUCCGUUUUGAUAGUAUAGAAAAGGCAACAGAGGCAUUUAAACAUGGUAUGAACUUACAAGUUGAUGGGCGAUCCCUUGUUCUACGUUUUCGUAGAGCAAAGUUUAACUAUCCAGCUGAAAAAACAUCUUUAGGCACAGUUCAGUCAAAUAAUAUAAGCACGGCUCACGUCACUGAUUUAACAGCUGAGAAUGAUGGCAACAUUAUUACAAACAUUGCUCAAAUAACAGAACGGAACAAUUCGCCUUCUAAUGAGAUCACAAUAAAAAAUGAGAACUGCAAGGGUAAUUUACGAGAAAAUAUGUUCGAUGCGAUAGAACAUAUUAAGGAGGAACAAUAUGACACCGAUUACAGCUAUGAAGAUGAAUGCUGUAGUUCAUACUGUGGACAUCCUUAUACCGAUCUUGAUCAGAGCGAUAUUAAAUCAGAAAGUAAUGAUUGUGAACCUUGCAAUUCGGAUUGCAUCAGGCUCACUGAAGAUUUUGAUGAUGGAAAGUAUGCGGAUAAAAAUAAACAAUGCUCCAAGAGCUUCCCGGCAAAUAGUGUAAAUAAAUGUCGGAGAGUCGAAUCCCACGAUAAAAGCGUAAAUUAUGUGAAAGCUCAGGUCUUAAAUACAACUACUGUCAAAGAGAAUUUAAAGAUGCCUGGAACUACAAGAACCUUAUCCGAAAAUGUUUCAAUAUCAGAAAAAAAAUAUAUUGAAAAUUUGUACGAUCAGUUAAAUUCCUCAAGGGUGCUUAAAAAAGAAGUACAUAGUGAAUUUGACGAACUAGAGGAAAUGCUUAAAGAAGUGGACUAAUAAUAAACACCAAAGUUAGGUUUAAUUUUUCUAAA